AUGCAUGUGGCGGUGGUGGCAGCAGACGUGAUCUUGCUCCUAAGCAUGGGGUGGACUUCAGACGCCCUCUGCUCACCCACCGUUUUUUACAGGGAUUGCUGGAUCCGUCGCUUCCCGGGUCUUCUGGUCGACCUGGAGGAGUCUCAGAAGAUGGGAGCUCAGUUCUUGAGGUAUUAUUCUGAAAGCACUGGCCAGAAAUGCAGUAGGAGCUGCUGUCUGAGGAAGGAUGUUGCCUGUAACUUGGCUGUCUUCUACCACGAUCCCAUGCACGACAAUGUCAACUGCCUCCAUAUCCACUGCCCAACGCUGGAAAGCUGCAUAUUGGAGCCUGGAACCAGUGCCAUUUUAUAUAACGUAACGGACGGUAUAGAUCCAGAUUUGCUGGUUUUUGGACAAUCACCUCCCACAUAUCUAAAUACCCGUUCUUCAUCUGAUAGAUGGGACAGACUAAGAAAUCUAAAAACUAUGAAUUUAGAUAAACAACAAACCACCAUGAUAAACCAAAUGCUAACAUCAAUAGAGGCUCCAUCAUCAACCACACAUCAAGAGUUGGUUAACGCAACCCAUACCAGGUAUUCCGAGGAAUUAGCCACAGAUUCUUGGGCAAGAUUAAUUUCCCUGAAUGGUUCCAUUGCCACAAAAAAAAAUAAGGUGUCACCCAGUGCUGAUUUCAUCAACAAUCCAGAUAACAAGACUAUUUCUCCUUUCUUUGUGCCCAUAGACACAAAACUUUCUCAUAUGCCCAUUCCAUCCCGACUCAACAGCAGCAAGCAGUUACUGAACAAAACCAAAGGGUACAACAGCAGAAACCACACAUCUGAGAACGAAGACAAAACACCAGAUGGGACAUCUGUGACUUCAAAGACGUGGUUGAUUCCUGUGGCCCUUUGUACCUCUGUCCUCUUUCUUUGCUGCUGUAUAGUCAUCCUGGCAUCUGGAUGCUGUCGAAAGAAGCAGGGCCAGUAUAAACCAGGACAGAGAAAGUCAGGAUCCAGGCAAAGGAAAAAAAUGUAACAUUCUGAAGGAGAACUCUUAAUAGUAAAAGUUGUAAGAGAUUGUAAGAUUUCAAGAGUAUCAUUUUUAGUUUUGUGUAAGACAAGGGCAGUUUGUUUCAAAAAUAAUUGCAUGGGAUGCCCACCACCACCAAUGUCUAAAAAAACACACUAAUGCUUGAUAAACAGAACUUUUUUUAUUAUUUACUUUUUUUGAAUAGUGUAUUCUUUGUCAAUUUUCUAAAAUUCUGACUUCUGCAGUUAUUUAGCAUCAUGUGAGAGAUAUGGUUCUAAAUGCUAUACAUUUAUUAACUCCCUGAAUCCUAAUAAUUCUGAGUCAGAUAAACUAAUAUUAACCAUUAUACUUCUACUAGAGGCCCUGU